CCACCGGCCACCCUGCAUGCAUGCAUGGAUGCAUGCAUGCGCAGUGACGAGCGAAACACUCUCAACUCCGCAGUCCGUCGGCCGUUUCCACACAUCCUCCUUGAUUAUUUAAUAAGCUCUUGACCUAGAACUCGUUUCCCUGUUGAUAGUUUUUUGACAGGGUUGUCUACUCACUACUACUACUACCACUACUACUACCACCACCACCAUCCCACCCACCAUGGCAGUCACAUUUGACAUCACUCCCGAAUGCGAAGCGAGCAAGCUCCAUUUCCUCUAUCGACAAUUCUUCCUUGCCGCCCCGGUGGUCAGCCGGAAGGAAGUCGACCUGACGGGUCAAGUGGCGAUUGUGACGGGGGCAACGGUAGGGCUGGGUUUGGAGACCGCGCGGCAGCUGCUGGAUCUGAACUGCCAGGUGAUCCUGGCGGUGCGCGACCUCGGACGGGGGGAGCAGGCGCGACGCAAUCUCCUGCAGGGACGGUCGCCGACGGAGGCGACGGAGCAGGUCAGCGUGUGGGCGCUGGACCUGGAUUCGUACGAGUCGAUCCAGGGGUUUGCGGCGCGCACGCAGACGCUGCCGCACCUGGACAUCGCGGUGCUCAACGCGGGGGUGUACAAGGUGGACGAGCAAUUCCACGCGACGACGCACUUCGAGGAAGGGGUGCAGAUCAACUACCUGGCCAACGUGCUGCUGCUGACGCUGCUGCUGCCGGUGUUGUAUGCCAAACGCCGCGCCCCCGACCGUCCCGGCCGGCUGGUGCUGGUGAACUCGGACACGGCGGCGUGGAGCGUCUUCCGGGAGGGGCGCGGGGGCAGGGGGCCGCUGCUGCCGGCCUUCCAGCGCCCGAUGCAGCCCGCCUGGAACAUGCAGGAGCGCUACGGGGUGUCGAAGCUGCUGGGCCAGUUCUUCCUGGUGGAGUUGACCAAGCGCGUGGCCGCCUCCGCCGUCACCGUCACCAGCGCCAACUGCGGCAUGUGCUACGGCUCGUCCAUCGGCCGUGACGGGGUCGGUCGUCUCGAGGGCUACGUCUGGGCCGUCGUCUCGCGGAUCUUGGGUCGUUCGUGCGCGGUCGGCGCCCGCACCUUCGUCCACGCCGCCACCCGCUUCGGCCCGGAGAUCCACGGCCAGUACCUCGAGGACGCCCGCUUGCGGCCCCUGGCCCCCAUCAUCUACCGGCCGGAGGGCGUGAAGAUUGCGGGCGUGCUGUGGGAGGAAACAAUGGAGGAACUCUCGUUUGCGGGGGUGCGGGAGAUUGUGGAGGAAAUGUCGAAGCUCAAAUAGUACAACUUAGUUACUGACAAGAUCCAUUGAAACUGAUAGUUGCUG